AUGCUCCUGCCCAAUCAGAAUUUCAUCAAGAAAGAAGUGGAUCUGCCACUUAGUUCGCUGGCCUUACCGCAGAUUUCACCUCAGUCGUGCCAAAUGCCCGUGAAUGAGGCUCUUCGGCGCAAGAAGGGUCGGCCGAAAUCAGACUCUGUCCCCAAAAAGACCAUUUUGGCACCUGGUCUGGCUGCCGCCAGAACUGCCCAAGCAUGUGACCGUUGCAGAGCCAAAAAACAGAAAUGUGAUGGCAAACUACCUGCGUGCUCCUCAUGUGCCUCCAUCGGCAUCAAGUGCAUUGUGCUGGACAAGUUGUCUAGGAGAGCAUUCCCUAAAGGUUACACUGAAACGUUGGAGGAGAGAGUGCGCCAACUUGAGGCCGAAAACACAAAGCUCCAGGGCCUCUUAGACUUACGUGAUGAGCAGCUAGCGCUCAAUACCUCUAAAGCUGGAAGAUACACUAACCUGGCCAGUCCAGAUGGGGUGAACUCCAACAACGAUCAUGAUAAUGACACCAACACAACCGACGUCGAAGACGUGGCUAGCUCGGUGCUCCAUACACAUCAACAUGACGCAGGAUGUCAGUGUUGCUCCAAUCCGCAUGCGGUGCAUGACCGACCCGUCUCCAUUGCAGGUUCUGUUUACGAUGGAGUGGCCAAUAUGUCUCUUGCAGGUUCGGUGUUUAGCGAUGAUGACGAAGAAACUCAAAGUUUACUUAGCAUGGGCGAUUCGCAGUACAGCGUCCAAGAUUACUCGCAACACUUUAAUUAUCUGAGCAAGGAAGUGAAGCCAGCUCCAGGAGCGUUUGCUGCAGCUACAGCCAUUGAGCAAAUGCAGAAAAAGGGCACUUCAAAAGAGCAAGCCGAAGAGGAGAUCAAGCUGCGAACACUCACAAGCUUGGUAGCAGCAUCCAUUCCUCGUUGUACGGAAGAAACUCUUUUCAUUCCAACCUUACUUGCCAGAAUUUGUCAAGUAUACGGAUACGGAUCAAAACCGUCCAUUAUUACGGCCAAUGCUAUUGCAUCUUUGAAGGAGAACUCUAACCUCUCGAUGUCUGAUCCUACCCAGUUGACCAACAUGGCUCAUGCUUCGCUACUCUCACUUAUUAUGGAUAAAUCUACGCCUAAACUUAAUCAGAGUGAGGCCAUUCAGUUCUUGAACUUAAUCCAGCUCCCACCCAAGGUGGAACUCGAUCACUUAAUGACAGUUUAUUUCCAGAACUGGGGAAACGUCUGUCCUAUCCUCAGCAAAAAUUCCUUCUUGAAGAACUACGUCAGAUUGUCUGAAUUAUUGGAAAACUCAUCUUCCUCUGCUUUGCAGAAUUCGAUUCCAGAACACUCAUAUGAGCUGAUUGAGAAGCUCGGUGCUCUUAUGGUGUUGGUGGUUGCUCUAGGUCUAUUGUCCAAGAAAUUCACAAUGAUGGAGACCAAAGAUACCAAUGAAGUGUCUCGGUACAUUGCGCUUCUCAAUCAUUUUGAUAAGUUGAUUCACGACUUUAUCAAGCCAAAUUGCAGCUUGACCAAGUAUUGUUCUAUUCAAUCACUUCAGAUAUUGACGCUUGCACUUCAGUACUGCUUGGUUGUAGGUGAUGUCACCACUUGUUACGAGUUAAGAGCAAGAGUUGUCACCAUGGCUCAACAAUUGAGACUUCACAGAUGUCCCGCUGCUGUGUUGGGACUCAGCAAAGAUGCAAACAACGUACAUCUUCAGAACUUUAUGCAAGGUGAAAGACGUAUUUUGUUUUGGUGUAUUUACUGUCUUGACACGUAUUCAUCGUUGAGUUUGGGUAUUCCAAGACUUUUCAAAGACCACGAAAUCGAAUGUGCUUUGCCAUUUAGCGGAAAUAGUGAUGAUGAUUCAGAGAGAGAUAACGAGAAUAUUUUGGUCAUAAACAACACCAAGUUGACUAUUUUUGGUAAGGUAUCCAAGAUUGCAUUGACCACCAUGCAAUAUUGUAAAGUUUUGGGAAACAUCUUGGAUUCGAUUUUUUCCAGAUCUGGCGGAUACGAUGUCCAGGCAAAGGCUCUUGAAAAAGAUCAAAUCUUGGACUGUUGGAGAAGAGAACUCCCUGCUGAAUUGAAAUUCGAUAUUGAUGUCAACGGCUUUUCACUCAAAGACAAUUCAAAGAAUAAAUUGAACGGUGGCUCCGACUCAACAAAUUGGAGUAUUUACUCUAAACAGCAACAAGUUCUCAUAUUCCUCUACUAUCACGCAAAGAUCUUGAUAUACUUGCCCAUUAUCUCCAAGUAUGGUUACCAUCACAACGUUGGAAUGUCAUUUAAAGAACGCUUAUCUAUGGGUCAAAGGGAUGUGUCUACUGUCGUUCUGAGCAUGACCAUGAUCCAGCAAUCUUCAAUUCAAAUUUUAGAGGUACUCAAGAGUGUCUCAGGCAAUCAGUUCCUUCUUCCAGUGCCACUCAACAUCCCCAGAGAGCAAGCAAGAUUCGCCUUAUUAGUUGCAAAGGGAUCCUUGGACUACAUAAAAGGGGGCCCAUUGCACCAAAACCUGAAAAUGUUGCUUCUCGAUACAUUGGCAUCAUUCAAGCUCGAAACAGAAACCAAUAUCCCUGGUGGACUCACAAGAAACUCACAAAUGAUGCUUGAAUAUGCAAUCUGGAGUAUUUUGGGAUUGAAUAUGGCCAGCCGUAAUGGAUCCAAUAGCUUGAGAAAACAAGUCUUGUACAACCAGCCUUUCAAGAAGAUUCCUUCUCGUGAACAAUCUUACUCAGUGAAGCAGGAGUUUCCAAAUGACUUCAAUCACUCUGAGUCCUUGACAGCUAAGAACAUCCAAGUUUUGGAGAGGGAGCAACUGAGUCACCAGUAUCCUCCAGCUGUCCAACAUCAACCGUCUGUCGGCCAAUUUCCGAACGAGUUUCAACCUAACGCAACCAAUGUAAAUAAUAUGGCACUCGAGGAAAAUCGUGGGUUGAGUAGCUCCAUGAAUGAGUCCAGCAGUUCGAAUGUGUCUACAGGAGACCAAUUCGAUUCCGGAUUCGAAGAUAUUUUGAAGUUUGACCCAUUCAAAAUGAAUUGUAAUGACGAAAUAUUGGUUAAUGAAUUCGUCGCUGACGGAUCGCUUGGUUUGGUUCCUUUCUUGAACGAAACUUCUGAUGCAUACCACAAUGACGAAGAUAGACUAAGUGAUCGUGAAGAUGACGUGGGUGCAUUUUCUUUCAACUGGUGA